GACGACGAAGAGGGCUACGAGGACGGCGAGGGCGACGAAUAUGAUGAAGGAGAGGACAUAGAUGCGGAGGCCGAGGAAAUGGCGCGGAGGCUCGGGGAUCAACUACUCGCCGACAUUGCUAAAGCCCAAGCAGAAGCAGCAGCAGUCUCUGGAAGCGCAAGCGUUCCUCCCGCAUCUCGAACUGAAGAUGUCCCAGUGCACCACCAGCAUCCAGAAGCCCCUCCGCAAAGCACAUAUAGAAAAAAGCAGGAUGCUGCCCUCCUGACGAUGAAGGCUAUCAUCUCUUUCGCGUCUCACAACCCGGUGGUGCAGUCUGCCAUGACCACCUCCCAGGUCCCGGGGAUCGAAGGUGCGAACCUUCUCGAUGUCUUCAACCGCUGCAUCUCCGCGUCCUCAAUACCCAAGCCGCUCGCGCGCACCCUCACGGAGAUCGUGCUCUCGCUCGCCAAGUCGGACGUACUCUUUGGCUCGCUGCGCAACUCUGACGCGCCUGCGCUACAGCUAGACAAGGGUAAGCGCAAGCGGGACCAGGCGGACGAGGGCGGCCGCCAUGCCGAGCUGGGCCCCAGCUUUCCGCAAAAGCGCAUCUCUAUGUCUAUCGACCAGCCCGACCUGCUGCAUCUGCUCAGCGAUGCCGUCCGCAUUAUCUCGCACGCGCUCUCGUCCGCCCCUGCCCACCGCCCCUCGGUAGAGCCUGCGCUGAUUUCGUCCAUCCAACUCCAGCUUCAUCAGGUUUUCCUCUUCGCGGUUACCUCGGCCCCACGCGCCCUUGACGGGCGGAUGCCGGCUCUGCAAGAGCUGGCGGGCCUCGUGCAAAUGCUUGGGGUGCUGAGCGGCAUACACAUCGGACACCCGCCGAUGCACCAUCCCUCUCACUGGCACCCGCACCCAAGCGCUCCCCCUCCCCCACCUGACAUCGGGACCGCCGUCUACCCCUGCCUGGUGCCUGGAUGCAGCAAGACCUUCCACCGACUCUACUCUUUGCGCACACAUCAGCGUUUCCACACAUUAGAACACCGCCCGUAUCGGUGCAUGCACUGUCCUGCCUCUUUUGUUCGCAACCAUGACCUCAAGCGUCAUGCUUUACUCCAUGAGAAAAAGGCGUGGAGAUGCGCGGGGUGCAACAAGAUAUUCUCGCGUCGGGACGCGAUCAAGCGCCACAAAGAUGCUAGGGGCCGGGCGGGCGGCAAGGGCAGACCAGGCGAGGCCGAGCCGGUCGACACUGCAUGCACAUACGCCGAGGUGGAAGAGGUCGAGGUCGAGAGGGGGGAGGGAGACGAAGAGGGCAGUCGGCGCGCGAAGCUGUGGAACGGCAUCGCCGCGACAACAGCUGGGGGAAUGCCUAUGAACGAACACGCAGGGCCCGAGGAGGGCGAAAUCGACCCGGGGAUCGUCUUCGAGGCACAUAACAUCGUUCUUUCGAUACACGGCCUACUACAAGCUGAGGUCUCCAAAGGUCUCGGUCCUCCAGCUAUGCCCGCGCCGAUGCCCCCUCCACACGUCAGCCAGUCGACCCUGGCCAGCAUCAUUGCACGCGCACAACAGACGGCCGUUCCUCAAGAGUUACUACCACCCGCGUCCGCUGCACCGGAACAACCUUUGGAGCAUCCUCCCGCGGACGAUGAACCUAUGGCGUUGGACCCACCCCCGGAGCCUCCCACGGAAGCACCAGCAAGAUCGGAACAAACGGAAACGUCCACACCACCUCCCCUUUCCCUCUCGUGGCUUUCGGAAGAGCAGACAAAGCUCCUGGAGCAAGCUAUUGCUCAGGCUUCAUCUGCCGCUCAAGCACAAGCAGAGGCGGAAGCCGCGCUCGAAGAAGAGGAUGAGGACUUCGACGAGGACGAGGAGCUGGAAGAAGCUGAUGAGUGAUGGGUCUUGCAGCCUUAUCUGCGUCAUUUGGAACCCCUUCGCCUCUACCACAUCAUUGCAGCGGCGACACAGGUGCACAGGACGGUCUAGACUGUCGCGAGAUGUUCUACCAUCAGCGUUUUUCGCGUGCAUAUCGGAUAUCGCGAGGUCAACUGUCCCGGCGUCCGACUCCUCGAGCUGGUCCCAUAGCCGAAUCCCCGGCGCUAACAUGACAGCCUCCCUCCGGGCUUUGGUACUUUAUACCUCCCAUGUAGUACCUCGGGGUCGGCGCGCAUGAUUAGUCUCUCAUCGUGCUGUCUGUAUAAGAUUAUCCCUAUGUGUAAAACGCUUGUAAU